ACAUUCGUAAAGUCGCACUGCACUAGUAUUAAUACCUCCACAAUGCUAAAAUAUAGCUUUGGACGGCUACCAAGGUCACUUUUGCUGAGCCGGGCGCCUUUGGCCCCUUGUGCGCGGUCCACCCAGUUCCCUCCUCGACAGCUGGUGACCCUCGCCUCACGACCACCCCUCAUCAGAGCUCCGCCCGCGCUUCCCCUCUUACGUUCAAACGCCCCUCAUCCCUUCCGAGUUCCCGGAUCCAGGAUCCGUCCUCAGCCUGCCUGCGUCCGUACGGUGUCCUGCUCUGCCUCCGCAUCCACCUCAGGUCCAGGCCACAACCCGGCAGCAAUGGGCAGCAGCUCAGACCCGGAACCAGGCAGCGGAGGAGCACCGCGGGAGAAGGAGGCGGUGGCAGCAUCACCCCGCACCCGGGCCAAGCGAGGCGAUACGGAGGCUGCCGGGAAGAAACCCGGGGCGGGCGCGGCUAAGAAGGGCGCCCGCUCGCGUGCUGAGGUGGCAGCGGAGGGGGAGGGCGCAGGAGCUGCGGCUGGGGCCGAGGAGGAGGGCGCUCCCCCAGCGGCUAAGAAGGCGCGAACGAGCAGGCAGACCAAGGCCAAAGCCGCCAGCGCUGCGCCAGCCGCUGGCGGGGAGGCGGGCGAGCAGCAGCCGCAGGGCGGUGCGGACGCAGCAGCAGCUGCAGCAGAAGCCGCGCCUGCGGCCAAGGCAAAGCCCCAGGCCAGGGGCAAGAAGGGGCAGCAGGCGGAGCCCCUGCCCCAGUACACUGCGGCGCUGCGCAAGCCGCCUCCCCCCGCGGGCGCCCCCGUGGUCAAGCUGCUCAGCUGGAACGUGGCGGGGCUGAGGGGUCUGCUGAAGAAGCAACCCGACGCGCUGUCCCAGCUGGUGGCCCGCGAGGGCGCUGACGUGGUGUGUCUGCAGGAGCACAAGCUGCAGGGGGGGCACACGGACGACAUGGAGACCGCGCUGGGGCUCAAGGGCUGGUCGCACUACUGGGCCUGCUCCACCACCAAGCUCGGCUACUCGGGCGUGUCCAUACACACCCGCCAGCCGCCCCUCUCCGUCACCGUGGGUUUCGGAGGCCGACCCGCUCCAGGCAGCCCCGCCGCCGCCGCCGCCCGGGCCUCCGCCACCGCCGCCGCGGAGGCCGGGGCUGAGGAACCGGAUCCGGAGCACGAGGGCGAGGGGCGCGUGCUGACCGCCGAGCUGCCGCAGGCCUACGUGGUGAGCGUGUACGUGCCCAACAGCGGCGAGGGGCUGAAGCGGCUGGACUACCGAGUGGGGCGGUGGGAUGGGGCGCUGGCGGCGUAUGUGCGGUCGCUGGAGGCGCGUGGGAAGCCGGUGAUUGUGACGGGCGACCUGAACUGCGCGCACCAGGAGAUUGACAUCCACGCGCCCAAGACCAACCUUCGCUCGGCGGGCUUCACAGUGGAGGAGCGCGAGAGCUUCGGGCGGCUGCUGCUGGGGGAGGUGGGCCUGGUGGACACCUUCCGGCGCCUCUUCCCCAACACAGUGGGCUACACCUACUUCACACGCCGCUUCAACUGCAGGGAGAAAAACAAGGGGUGGCGUCUGGACUACUUCCUCACCUCCGCCUCCUUGAUGCCUUGGGAGGCAGGAGCAGGCGGGGAGAAGGGUGCGGCGGAGGCGGGGAGCGAGGGGGCCCAGGCUGCGGCUCCUGCUCCCGUUCCCCCUCCUGCAACGCAGUGGCGAGUGUACGACAGCUGGAUCCUGCAGGACGUGUACGGCUCUGAUCACCUGCCGCUGGGGCUUACCCUGGUGGCGGAGGAGGAGGGGCAGUAGCAGUAGCAGGAUGGAACAUGGAGUGGGACGUAUGGGGGACAGGAGGAGCAGUGGUGCGAGGUGGGGGUGGGCGGCGCAUGCGGCGGUAUUAAUGUGGGCACCGCCUGGGGCAUGCAGCCGGCCGGUGAUGUCUGAUGUGUACGGCAGUCGUUACGGUAUCAAUGCAGUGUGGUGUGCGUACGGUGCUUCAAGCCAUGAUGUGGCCGUGAAGGUGCGCGGUUUAAAGGUGGCCAGGUAUCACUAUUGACUUCGCCCGGUAGUCAAGGGCGAAUGUAUUGGAGGCCUUAUUACGCCGAGGACCCAGGAUGUUGCAGCCAACGUGCGCACACUUUUGACACUUAUGUUGGGGUUUGAACGUGCAUGGCUCAGUCUUCGCUUGGGUAGCAGGUUGCUUUUGUAGGGUAUUUGUUUUAGUCAUAGUGCUAAUUAUCGCCUUUUCCUAGUUUACAUCGCUUCGACUUAAGACGCAGCAUCACCUGGGCAUGCAGUUGAUGCAGGGCCGUGUCCAUGCGAUGCGGCCCAGCACUCUCUCCGGAGAUAUGGAUACCUCACACCCCCUUUCCUCUGGUCCGUGCAAGGUGCACUUGUCUUUCAAUUGCGCCCGUCUCAGAGCCCAACGCCUGGAACCGGAAUUCUUCCCCAAAUCUUGUGACCCAUGGGUCGUUUUCCAUUGGAUGCCCCCAAUGGUCAGCAUGCCCAGGCAAAGCUUCGCGAACCCAUCUGGUUUGCCGCACAAGCCUACCGCAUAGUGGCGAUGUUCAUGUCGUUUUGCUGCUGUAAAAAAUCAAUUUUUCAAA